AUGAACUCGUUCUCGCAGCUUAAUCUCCAAAUCCCUGACAUGUGGGAGGUCAAGGACGUCAUAAACAAAGUCAAAAAUGUCGUCCUCAAUUACACAGAGAUGGAAGCCAAGGUCCACGAGGCGACCAACAAUGAAGCCUGGGGAGCUUCCAGUACUCUCAUGCAAGAAAUCGCACAAGGCACUUACAACUACCAAUACUUUAACGAGAUCAUGCCCACGCUCUACAAACGAUUCACUGAAAAGGAGGCUAGACAAUGGCGUCAAAUCUACAAGGCAUUAGUGCUACUUGAAUAUCUUGUCAAGAAUGGCUCCGAGCGUGUUAUUGAUGAUGCCAGAUCCCACAUCUCCAUGAUCAAGAUCAUGAGAAACUUCCAUUAUAUUGAUGAAAAGGGCAAGGACCAAGGCAUUAACAUCCGUAACCGUGCCAAAGAGAUUGUCGAAUUGUUGAAUGACACCGAUAAGAUUCGCUCUGAACGCAAAAAGGCGAGACAAAAUCGCAACAAGUACCAAGGCGUUGGUUCCGAUUCCAUUGGUGGCAUGGGAAUGAUGUCUGGUGGUGGAAUUGGUGGUGGAGGAUCCCGAUACGGUGGAUUCGGCAGUGACGGUCUCAGCUCUGGAAGUCUUGGUUUUAGCAGCAUCACUGGUAUCGGUGGUGGCAGUGGCAGUGGCAGUGGAUACUAUGAUGAAGAUGAACGUCCCAAUCGCUUUGAGAGCAGCAAAUACGAUGAUUUCGAUGAUGAACCUUCCAACAUUAGCAGCUCGCCAUCUCGUUCUUCACCCGUAUCCAAGCAAGAAUCCAAGGCACCUGCAAAGAAGGAAGCCAAUUUGUUUGAUUUCGAUGAUGCACCAUCUGGUUCGAAGGCCACUCAGGAUGAUGAUUGGGGAGAUUUUGCUUCAGGUGCACCUGCUGCUAGUGGUAGUACUGGAAAUGUGUUGGACGACUUUGACGAUUUUCAAUCAGCACCUCCCGUUUCUGCUGCUGCUACAACAACAGCUACGCCCAACAAGCCAACUGUUAAAUCCACCAAUGAUCUCUUUGAUCUCCUUGGCAACGAUGCAUUCUCAUCGCCUUCGACACCCAAUUCUACUACAACCACUCCUGCAGCAGCACCUAUGUCGCAAGCACCUCUUGUACAACCAGCUGCUCCCUCACUCAAUAUGAAUCAGGCACGUCCAUUGUCGCCUUCCACAACGGGUAGCAGCCGACCUGGUUCGGUUCAAGGCCUUGCUUCACCAGCAUCUGCUAAUGCUCAGCCUACUACUACGAAACCUCAAGCUGAAUUGCCAGGUGGUAUCUGGUCUCAAGCUUCGUCCUUUGUGUCGUUGGAUUCACUUGGCAAGACAACUGGCCCUGCAAAACCAGCUGUUGGUCCAUCAAUGAAUGCCAUGAAGAACUCGAGUGUUAAUGCUGGAUGGAACGCUUGGGCAAAUUCCAACACGCUCGCACCUGCCACACCCUCCAACAACAACAACAACAACAACAUGGGUGGCAAUAGCCAACAACAAAAGACCUCUUCGCCAUUCGAUGAUCUCUUGUCUUAA